AGCAUAACUCACAAGUCAUAAGUCACAACGGAUGAGUGAGUGUUAGUUGUGUGGAGUGUUUAUCUAGAUCUAUUGAUUGAUCGAUCUUAUCUUAUCAACCAAAUUUGGUUAUGGUUCACAAUAUGGGCGAUACACCCAACCCCAACCCCACCGAUCAAUCUACGAAAGACACCGAUACCAACACCAACACCAACACCAACACCGACACCAACACCCAAAAACAACAACCCAAUAACAACCUUAACAACAAUAAUAAAGAACAGGAUGUCUCCGCUGCAGAACUCGUCGACGGAAAUUUUGUGAAUGAGGAUUUAUCAUUCGAUGAUAAUAUCCAUGAUCAUGGUGAUCGCGGUAAUGAUGAGGAAACUCAGCACUUGGAUCAUGAUAAGGGACUAACCUCGAGUACGAAACUCAUUACCGAGAGGGAUAAAUCUGCCGUGUGUGGGCUUCUUGCUUUGGGUGGUGAAUCUAUUUCAACUUUACCUUUACCUAUUCCUGUUCCAGAUACAACACGCAUUUCUCAAUCAUCAUUGUUGAUCGGGAAUGAGAAUCCACCAAUCCCUACACAGACAGAAGUCAUCACUGAGGACGAGAAGAUUCAACUCCUAUGUAACUAUCGAUAUAAGGUUGCUCUCUGGCUCGAUAUAUACGACCUCUCCCACCCCUUCGGUAUCUCCGCCGUUCAAAUGGCCAUGAAAUCGGGGGCCGUGAUGGGGGCGUUGUUGGAGCUAUCUAGGGUUUGUGCCUUGAAUCAGGAUGCACACUCUACCCAGGGAGUAGAGUCAUCCAUUGAGGGCAUAUCAUCAGACUAUGAUGGUAUACUCACCACCGAGGUUGCACUGACAAUACUCCUAAGAGAAGUAAGGUACCUCGUGUCCGAUCUCUCACGCGGAUGGAAAACCAUGAGAAGAUACAACCCGAGAAUAAUAAACUCCUUGAUCCACCGGGCAUUCACCCCCGGGAUAGAAGGAUCAAUUUACUGGAUGUUUUUCCGAUUAGAUCUAAGCACCGCCCUCGCAACCAACACCCCCAUCCAAAUCCCCCUCCCCAUCCCCAAUCUCUCAACCCAACCAAACACACAAACCCCACAAGAAAAAACCCACACCCUUCUGUACCUCUGCGCCCAAGCCCUAAAGAUACACCACCAACAAAACACCCCUCCACACCACUGGCUAGAGAUCCUAAAGCACCUGGAACAAUGGUACCACCUCCGCCCCCCCGAAUUCCUCCCUAUAGUUGAUUCCCCCCACACCACGGCCUCAUUCCCAAUACUCCUCUUCGUCAACGGGGCCGGUAUCUUCACCAACCAGAUAUAUCACACCGCCAUGUUACUCUUACUAGAAUGUAAGCCACGAACUGUGCUAUCGGGGGUGCACUCAGCAUUAUGGCACGCGCAACGUCUCUGCGGAAUCGCAAUGAACAACAAUCGACAGGAAUCAUGGGAUCCGUGUCUUUUGGCCUCGUUGCUUGUCGCGGCGAGGAGGAUGAGCUUUCAGGGCCAGCGGGGGGAUAUAUUAGCUGGGUUGGAGAGGAUUAAGAAGGUGACGGGGUGGAGGGUGGAUGGGUAUUUGGCGGAGUGGGAUUUUGAUAGCGGCGGUAGUUAGUUAGGUUACUGUGUAGAGCUAUGUACCUGUACACCCCAAGCGAUUUCCAAAUCUCGUAUCCGCCAACAAGUCCCCCAGCCUGUUUCGUUCUCGAUGUUCUGGAUUAACUGGAUGAUUUGUUCGUGUUCGGACGGAUGGCUGAACAGUUGUCCUGCUAUCCAGAGCGGCUGGAUCGAGUUGUUCAGACAUCCUUGGUGUGGGUUUGUUAGGGAUAUACCGCAUAUGUGACGGGCGU